AUGACUAACCAAUCCCCAGUGUCCUCUCUCAAAAAGGCUCAACAAAGCCAAUUGAUCUGCUCCCUCCUAUGGAUAUUCGCGGUCGUACUGAGCAUACCAACAAUGGUUCACAGGAAGGUGAAGUUCAUCAAGGAGUUCGAGACAAUGUCCUGUAUACUGGAUUAUAGUCAUGACAGCUCUUGGAAGUUGGCUCAUCAGGUUCUGAUGAAUGUGGUGGGCUUUUUACUCCCUGUUCUGGUCAUUGUUUUCAGCAGUGGAAACAUAAUCAAGGCUUUGAUUCAGAGGAGGGAGAGUGUUGCUUUUCAUGACACUAAUGACACAAAGGCCACAGCGCUGGUGUAUGCCGUCACUCUACUAUUCUUACUGUGUUGGGGUCCCUUCCAGGUCUUCACCUUCCUCGACACACUCUGUGAUGUCCAGGCGCUGGACGAGAAGCUUUGGUUCCACACUCUAGAUAUAGGAGGCCAGGUUUCAGUGUAUCUGGCCUUUCUCAACAGUGCCCUGAACCCAAUGCUGUAUGUCUUCUCAGGGCAGUACUUUAGGAGGAAAGUGAGCGCCAUCUACAUGAGGACGCAACAUCAUCGCAGAGGAUCAGAUAUGACCAUAUAUCAACGCUCUGUUGUGUCCACUUACAUUAACAGAGCAGAGCAAAUCAAGGCUGUGGUCAUUUUUAAUGCAAUGGAUCGGAUGUGA